GCCAUUGCGGUCAUUUUCUCGCUCUCAUUUUUGCCCUUCUCUUCUCUGCUGCUGCUCGAGACCCGCUUGUACUUUUGCCCCAUGUGCAUCGAUUUCGGUUUGGCCUUCUCCAUGAAAGCCAUUUCGGUUUAGCCCUCCCAUUUCGUCGUUCUUCUCCUUUCAUCUGUCCUUAUUUGUUUGAUUCAGCUAUUUAUCAAAGCAUCUCUGCCACCUUCUCCGUUUUCCUUCUUCAAGCUUGCAUUUCGCUUCGGUCGAUUGUUUCCUCCUCUCUACGGUCAAUAGAACUGCUCUGAACUUUUUUCAAGAGAACAAGGGAGGAUUAUACGAAAAAAGGGCGAAACUACACCGUUUUCGGCGUUUAGUUAGCUAGUGCAGAUGGCAGAAUCAGUGCGACAGAAGAUGGAGUCUGGCCGCUUGAUCUGCGAUACAGAGAUUCCGGUUCUACAGCACAAGAUUGAUGUUUUUUCUUCUUCUUAUCUGAAAUCCCUUGAAUCACUAAGGGCAAGAUCACAAGAAACGGCUCAAUAUCAAGGUUUUGAUUUAUUCUAUGGCUUUCCAGCUAAAUCAGAAGAGGCUAAAGCUAAGUUGAGGGAGGUAGAGGAUGAUUUGGUUAAAGCACUGGGAGUGAAGACUCGCAAAGAGGCUAAGCGUAUGGCUCUGAUGGAUGCUGUUGCUUCCGCAAAGACUAGAGUUGAAGAUCUGAAGAAUAGUGUUCAGGAGCAAAGAACCAAGAAUUGUGAAUGUGCUGCAAUUUUAUCUCAGCAUUCUCUUGCAUCUGAAGGGACAAUGGAUGGAAGCUCUGAACAAAAAGAUGAAAUACUUGAGGCCAUCUCGUGGUACAAUACAGUCCUUGGCUUCCAUGUUGAAGGUGGACAUGGGGUCAAGUUCACCUUCAAGAAUAUUAAUGUGAACAAUCCCAGCGAGGAGUGCUUUUUUACCAUUCGUCAUGAAAAUGAUACUUACACACUAUUGAACUGUAAACCCUCCCUCAACGGAACCAAAGAGUUUAUCCAUGAAUUAAACAAGACAAAUGGGCUAUUUAAAUAUGUCAGAGUUAUGAGGAGAAAGUUUCAAGAAGCAGUAGCACAGGGGAGUGUAGUAUCCUUAAAUAGUGAACAUCAGGAGUCUGCUAUUAUCUCUACAUCUGCUCCAGAUUUAUCUAUGUCAUCCUUUAGAAGUGAUUCCCCGUCCAUGAAAAGUGAGGAUGAAGUUCAACCUACAAAAGGUGAUAGACCUUCCAAGAAACAAACCCUCGGAAGACGAGUAAUAUCUGCUGCCAUUUCUCCUGGAUCUGCCUCAUCAGUUCGCCAGUCUUCUCGUUUGAAGGCUAAGAAAUCGAGUCAAGUGUAGGCUGUUUUGCUCCCAUACGUUGUUGGAUGAGAAAUGCUGAGUCUCUGUAUGACUCGGGGUCAUAACUAAUAACUGAGGCUGCUAAACAAGUUGACGCAUGAAUGAAGACAUAUCUGAGUUGUAGAUGGCUGAACCUGUAUCCAAGAUAUAAGAAUGGCUUUACAAAACGUGUGUUUUAACUUGAGGUCGUAUGGGAAUGUAACUUGUGUGGGCCAGUGGGGGCGCGCGCGCGCGCGCACUUUUGAGGCUAUUGUAUUGUACUUUUCCAUAUAUUUUGUGAUGAUUGUGUUUUCACGUUGCUUGUUUGGUUUAUUAACAGCUCCUCAGUUGAUCAUGCUUGGGUUUGACGAUGUAAAUAAAGCAGCGGAUAUGUAAUAAGUCCUCUUUUUACCCCUUGUUAUAAACAAAAUUUUGGAUGAUGACCAAAGUGCGUGCGGCAUCUUUAUGAAAGACAUACGUUUUCCUACACAUGGGAACCGAACUACACACUGGCAAUUAUUCUUUCCUGGCUCGUGUGGUUGUCCACAAGCUUAUACAUUGUUUUAGGUGUGCUUUGGGAGUGAAUUGUCUUUAUCUGCGAAUAAUUCUAUUAUUACUUGUGUUUCUUCUAAGUUA